AUGACUGUGUUAGAGAAGGUGAAAUGGGAGAUGUGUCAGCAGCAGUGUGGGAGCCCUCAGUUCUGCCUUGAGCCCAGGCUGAAGGAGUCGGUGGUAAUGAGCCUGGUGCUUUCAUCGAAACAGCUGGAAGCAACUAAGCAAACCCCUAUUCUGCUCAGUAACCUGCAAGAGGAAAUCUUCAAUAGAUCACUGGAGUUGUGUAAAGUUCCUGUCUGGUUCAAAUGCUCCACCAUCUUCCUGGUCCCCAAAAAACCCUCCAUCACAGAACUAAAUGACUACAGGCUUGUCGCCCUGACAUCUGUAGUCAUGAAGUCCUUUAAAAGACUGGUGCUGGCCCACCUGAAGGACAUUACAGGCCCCUUGCUGGACCCCCUACACUCGUUCAACACAAUCAUCCUGGACAUCCUUCACACCAAACCUACCCAGGUCACUGCAUCCAGGAUGACUCGAUCAGAUGAAGAUAGGGAUGUCGGGUGGGACGCCUGGGGCCCCUGGAGUGACUGCUCUCGAACCUGUGGAGGAGGAGCCUCCUACUCUCUACGACGCUGCCUCAAUGGAGGAAGCUGUGACGGCAAAAACAUCCGCUACAGAGCCUGCAGCAACAUGGACUGUCCAGCAGAGUCAGGGGAUUUCCGGGCCCAGCAGUGUUCAGCGCACAAUGACAUCAAGUACCAGGGUGUCACCUAUGAGUGGGUCCCAGCACCUUAUGACCCGUCGGCACCCUGUGCACUGCGGUGUCAGGCCAAAGGGAGAGGUCUCACUGUUGAGCUGGCCCCCAAGGUGCUUGACGGGACGCGGUGCCGGGCGGAUGCCUUUGACAUGUGCAUCAGUGGAGUGUGUCAGGAGGUGGGCUGUGAUCGCCAGCUGGCCAGCGCUGCCAGGGAGGAUAACUGCGGCGUCUGUGGUGGCGACGGCUCUACAUGCCGGCUGGUACGAGGGCAGGCCCUACCCCACCUUACACCCGAACAAUCUCUAAAGACAGUGCUGGAGGUGCCGGUGGGGAGCCGCUUUCUCAGACUCAAUGCCAAAGGACCUGACACUAUAGCUGCACCUCCAGUCACCAGUCCGUCAGGCUCCUGA